UCCCGCUGUAUAGAAAGAUUAGCCAUAAGAUUGGGUCGUUUUCAGACUACGUCAAUGCCUAUUCAAUUAUUAUGAAAUAGGGACACAAUGAAAACAUACUUUUACAGUUUCUAACAUGUGAUAUUGAAUUUUGAAUUUCAUUCCGUUGUUGAGCAAUAUUAUCUCGUUAUAUCUUCAUUUUCGGAUGGUGUUCAGACAGUUUGGAUGGUUAGUGUAGCUGAUAUAUGAAAAGGGUUCAUUGUUAACAACUGAAUGGAAAUAUGUACCUCCAAUUUAUAAUUAACAACUGUUAUAUGUGAAAUACGGACGGAAUGAUGAUUAACAAUUGAAAAAGAAGAUAUACGUGUUUACUGGAAUUUAGAUCUAUUCCUGUUGUUUAGUAACAUUUGCCAUAGACCGUUUUAUUCCUGUUGUUUAGUAACAUUGGCCAUAGACCGUUUUCAAACAGCUUCGUUGUUUAUUACCCCUGGAAAACCCAGUUACUGGAUUUUGUCUUGCUAAAUCCGCAAACUCAAUUCUGUCUUGCGAAAUCCACAAACUCGAUUUCCUAUUGGGAAAUCCCCUUACUCGAUUUCGUUUUGGGAAAUCUUCUCUUAAAUACUCGAUUUUGCCUUGCGAAAUCCUCUUACUCGAUUUCGUCUUCGGUGAUCCACUUACUCGAUUUCGUCUUGGGAGAUUUCCUUUUUCGUCUUGGGAAAUCCACUUAAUCAAUUUCGUCUUGGGAAAUCCUUUUACUCGAUUUCGUCUUCCAAAAUCCACUUACACGAUUUUGCCUUGGGAAAUCUUCUUACUCGAUUUCGUCUUCCGAAAUCCACUUACUCGAUUUUGCCUUGCGAAAUCCUCUUACUCGAUUUCGUCUUGUGACGUCCACGUACUCGAUUUCGUCUUUCGUGUUAGGAAAUUCACUUACUCGAUUUCGUCUUGCGGAAAUCUUUUGUUUGAUUAAUACAGGUCAGUAAAGUAUUUGUGCAUUGUUGAUUGACUUACACAUCAAUAUGACUGUUAAUACAAGAUUUCGGAUUUUAUUUAUGGUUUCCUUUAUGUAUAUCAUAUCCAUUAUUUAUACUUCGCCUUAUGACACUUUAUCCCGAUUAGGAUUUAGCUGUAACAGUUCGACAUAUACUAGCGAGGAUACAGUAUGUCCUGGGGUGUUUUCUCAUAUGACACGUGGUUAUUGGAAGCCGUUACCUCACUUUACGCGGGAAUUGGUGGAAAUACUGGUCCAAAGAUUUAGAACCCAGUAUGCGCGGAAUUGGCAAAUUCGUGAAAGUUACCAAAGAAAAGAUGGUAAAUGCGGUAAUGUGAACUUUUCCGGUGCUAAUUUAAGGGCAUUAUGUGACCCUAAAGGACCUACGCCAUGUUGUUAUGAAGGUUAUUGUGUGUCUAAGUCUAUUGAAGACUGUAAAUGUGAGGAAUGUUAUGAUCUAAGACAACGUAUUUCAGCCGAAUCGUCUACCUGGGUGCCAUCACAUCACGCUUGUCAAGUUGAUGACUUUGAUUCUACCACAGCAUGUCGUUUACUCCAUAAUUCUACCAUAUUCUGGAGUGGAAAUUCCUUCAUUAGACAGAUGUUUAUGGCUUUAACUAUGAUAUUAAAAGGGGAUUUAACCCAUUCAGUGGUUUACAAUAAUAGAGAUCCAGAAAAAUGUCAAGGCUUGGGCAAUAUGCAUGGCUAUUGUCAAACUCGAAUCGAGCAGAGCCCUAUUGUUUGCAACGGUUCAGUGAAUAUUACCUUCACUUAUAGACCCAAAGCUUCACAGACACAAGAAAUUCAUGGGGCUAUAAAUAAUCUGAGUAAUAAACCAAGAACAAUGAUAUUCAUGGGAAUAGGCAUCCAUGAUAACUACAAUUAUACAAAGAUUCUGAAUGAUCAUAUCCAUCCAAUAUUGAAGCAUUAUAAUACUAAAAAGUCUGUAUGGCCCAAAUUAAUGUGGGCAGCAGCUCAUGCACCUGGACUUUUGAAAACUCCUUUUCAACCCUUACAACUAUAUAAGCCAUGUUUACACUUUAAUGAAUGGCUAAAUCCUCGUUUAGAGAAAUUAGGAAUACCUGUUUUUGAUACGUUUAAUAUGACAGACGGUGUAGCUAGUCACGAUGGCUGCCAUCACGGUCUGGCUGUGAAUAUGUUGAAGGCGAGAAUCUUUCUUCAUUAUAUAGCCGAAUUACAACGAAAAGGACAAUGGUGACAAUACUAAGAAUUUACAGACGAGCAAUAAAGACAAUGAUUAAAUAAAAAGUUAUAUAUCAUCGGAGGAAAAGUCAUCUUGUAUAUCCAAAUGAUCAACGUAAUGGGCGAAUGGUAUAUCAGGUGUUAUACAGAAAUCUAUGACAUUUCAGCUACAGAUUUUUUUUUGUAGUUAUUAUAUACUCCCAGUAGAUUGAUUGGAAUACAGAUGUUGUUCGUGUGUAAUCAAUAAUGCAAUUCAACCACUGAAAUAUUGAAACUCCACUUCAGACACACACAAAAAAAAAUCAAUGGUCCCUUUUUC